CAUACAUACAUACAUACAUACAUACAUACAUACAUCGUCUAGUCAUAGAACGAAGGGCAGCGACUGCUCUUUAUAAUUUUUCAGGAUCUCCGAGAUUUAUCGGAGAAAAGGAGGAAGAUAUUUUCACGCACUGGAACAUGGUCUGAAAACUUGCAACGGCGUGAACUCCGCUAAAGGUAGCCGAGUACAGGGCGGGCUUGUUAAACCGGGUGACGGAUGAAGCCAAACAACUGAGAACAAGAACAGCAAUGAACCGGAACAAAUACCACACGGUAUGUCGUCUGGCGGCGAUCUAACAAUUCAGUCCUUAAGGGCUGAAAGGCAAAGUUGCUCCCGGCUGGAUGUAAAUCCAGAGUGGUGAAAUACCGCAGGGCACGUUUAGUCAUUUUACAUAUACAUACAUACAUACAUACAUACAUACAUACAUACAUACAUACAUACAUACAUCCAUCCAUACAUACAUACAGACAGACAUAAGUACAUACAUACGUUUAUACAUACUAGCGUAAAGAUACGCAUACUCUCGCACAUACGUAGGUAGUCUGCUCACCAGUAAACCCAGGAGCUACAUACAUACAGUAACGCUCUCAGGGAAUUUAAGUUUUAAGUCGGCUGACUUUCUUUUGGACUUCUAAGCAAACAAACGUCAGGGAUACGGAGAAAAUACUGUCAUGUCACAAUUCGUAACAGAAAAAGCGAAUUUCGUAGGUAAAAGACAUAGUUUGGCCACUUUGACUGAAAUCUGGAGUAAACAUCAGAAUGUUUCAUCAAGUCCCCGUAGUAGUGGACAACACUACGCAAACCGGGUCUCCUCCACCUUCACCAAUCUCAUCGGUUCUAGUAGCAGCAUCCACUCCGACACACCGCAGCAACAAGGAUCACUGCAGACGAUCCAAGAUGCUGUACUUCAUAUCUUUCAGAGACGCCCAUUACCAUAUUCCUAUUAUACCUUACAAUCAAACUUGAGACGUUUAAUCCGGACUGAUACUGGACCAAUUAUUUAUGAUUACUUUAAAGAUCAACUCCUCAAGAAAGGAAUGGUGAUAUUAAGGGAGUCAAUGAAAAAUUUAAAAGGUGUUGCAUUACUGGAGAAAUUAUCUGAGACAUGGAAUUAUUUCUACAAAGAAAUAAUAUUUACAUUGCAGGCAAUACUUUAUCCAUUCCAGGAUAAUUCUACAGAGGAAAUGCCAAUGACAAUACGUCAAGUAAUUUUAGCUGACUUUCGAGAUACAGUCUUGCUGAAGAUUAAUCAGGAUGUGGAAGAGGCACUUGAAGCUUCAAAUGUUCCAUUUGAACCAAUCAAACAAAUGGUCUUGGUUUUACAGGGCUUGUAUGAUGGGAGCAGUUUGGAAACGCAACUGAAAUUAGAAAGGCUUGUGGUCCGUGCAGUUCGUCCUUACUUGGGUGUAAGGGGACUUUAUGUGAGAGAUACAGAACCAGUUGUUGAGGCCUCUACAAACAUUACCCUUCCACCCAAAGAUACAGACGCAUCGAAAAUUCUACUAAAUGCCCUAGUCCAUGGCAGGAACUCCAAUUUUCUGUCAUUCCGACAAACGACCAGUCAGCAUGGUAGCCGACAUGAAGUAUCUCCAGACCCGACAUUGGAGCAAGCUCAUAGUGGUUCAAACACCACUAGCACCAGUGGACGAAAACGAUUGUGGCCGGCGCCACAGCCUUGUUACGUAGGAUCAAAACUACAAGUACCUUGUAAUGACAGACGACAGGUUGUAUCUAUGACUCCAAAUUUGAUGCCAUGACCUAGUAAAAUGAAAGCCUCCGCUUGCUUAAAACUCUGUCCUUCCAGUCAACAAAGCAGAGCCUCUUCCAAAAUAUAUUUUCACUGUCUCAAAUGGUUGAAGAAAAAGAGAGUGUAGAUGAGAAUAUAAUAUUUUCAAAGCAAGCCAAUGAAAAUGGUUUCUGAGGUCCCCCCCUCUCUCUCUCUCUCUUUCUCUCUACUUUUUCUUUUUCUUUUUUAUUUUUUCUGAUGCAAAUAACUCUUUAAAAAAAAAGAGGAAAAGAAAACUGUAGGGAUCACAAAGCUUUCUAUUUCCAAUAGAAGGGAAACAUUAAAAAAGAGGAUUCAUACUUAACAAUGCAAUGAUAUAAACUUGCUGAAAUAUGCAAUGAGACUUCAAAAUAUCACCAGAUUUUGAAACAUACGCUGCCAUUAUUUUUAAGAUUCUAUUUAAUUGAUUCAUAUGCAAUUUUUUUGUAAAUAUUCUUUCCCUUCUCCCCCAUUUCCAAUGUUCUGUAUUUAAACUGUGUUGUGCAUAUUCACUUGUACUUAAAUGAUUACAUCAAUGAAGGAGUGAUUGUUAUAUAUUUUUUCCCAUUACAGAAAUUUUCCCAGUCCCUCAACUAUUCAAAAAUAACAUUGUGAAAAGAGAAAAGAUGAAAAGACCUCCUCCUUUCUUACAAACACACUCGAACACUUCAGGCUAAAUAAUAACUUGUACAAAAUGCCAUUAUUAAAUAAUGUUUGCAGUGGUACCUCUAAGUACCUUGGAUUUAAAUUAUGGACUGAGUUAAAUGCCUUUAAUAAUAAUAAUAAUAAUGGUGCCAGCCUGCUAUUUUGAAGCAUGAAACGCCUGGUUAGCAUCAUUGUUCUGAUUUGUCACUUUUUCGUCCAAAAAAGAAAAAAAGACAUUUUUUUUUCUUCUGUUGAAUAGUUUACAGCUGUUAUGUGAUGGUACACACCUUUAUAAGGCAAAAGCAAAAAGAAAAGCAAUUCAUUCCCAUUCACUCUCACCCUUUUUUUUUUUUUUUACUGAGUCCUGAUUAUAGUUGUUGGCAUUUUUAGUUUCAAAUCGUACAGCUGAAUUGCAAGGAAGAUGCAGAGAAGUCACUACUCAACACAAGUUUAUAGUGUUCAACAGAUGAGGGAUAAAUCUCCCUCUUAUUAAUCUCCUGGUCUUAUUAAUGGAGAAUUUAUAUUCUAUAAUGCUACAACUCUUUACAUCAGUGAUUUAAACCCCAUAUAGUACCUUACAACUAUUUAGGUUGGACUAUGGAAAGUUAAUUGCUUUGGUCAUGGAUAUAAAUGUGCAAUUGAAUCUCUUUUAUAGUUGUUUGGUACCAUAACAAAUAAGUGAAGAAGAUAUCCAAAAUAAAAUGUUAAUUUGCUGCAGGUAACUUUUCUUGAAAGAUUUGAGUACCUGAUACACAACAGGUGCAAUUAGGUCAAAGCAAAUAGAAUUGUCUUUCUUAGAAACAUCUGAACACCUGAAGUUAAAUUUGAAUUCAUCAUCUAUGUCCUAGUGGUUUGAUACCAUAUCUACACAGCCAUUUCUGAAAUUUUGAUGAGAAGGGAACCAAUUUUUGUCAUCCUAAGGCAGCUAUGCACUUGGAAAGAAAAAAAAGUUCCUUCAAAAACUUUUUCAUAAAAAAAGUUGUCAAUUAAUGACUUCCUUACAUUAAUGUGAAAGAAUGUCUUUAAAAACAAUUUCACCUUUUUUUUUUUAUAUCUGACCUUAAUGAAAACCGUUGUGAUUUUUAGUUUUAUAUCCGAAACUCUUGCCCAUGUUCCUAAAUCUGUUACGAACUACUCCCUCCCAUUUUUAAAUUUAAGAAUCUUGUCUUUUAACAUAAUUAUGAAAUGGCAGAAGUGGUACAGAGCUACAAUUAACUUAUCCCACUAUGUUUCUGAGUUCAAAUCUCACUAGGGAUAAUUUUUAUCUUUCAACCUUCUUGGGAUGAUAAAGUAAGUACCUAGCAUGUACUGAGGUUGAUUCAAUCAACUGUAUCCCAUCUCUUCAAAUUUGUGGCCUUGUGCUAUUGUAAAAAAAAAAAAUCACUAUUGAACAGAAUAUCUUGCAUAAUAAAGGUAAGCUCAGAUUUGAUUUCAGGUUGUACUCACUUCUAUUAAUAUCCUUCAGAAAAGGUAUCAAUAUUAUGCAAUUUUAUUUCUAUAAAUCUGAGGCCUUGUCUGUCUAUGUAAGAAAUCUUUACAGAUUAAAAGCACCAAGGUGCAGCAGUAAGCUGAGACACUGCAAGUUUCUAUCAGUUAUAUAGACAUCCUAAUGCACAUGGGAAAAGCAUAAACACAACUCCUAUGUAUAAUUCAAAAAAUACUAUAGGUUAUAAAUAAAUGUUUAUUCUGCAUAACUUAAAAUAUCAGCCAAAUCAACCCUCAAACAAAUCCCUUAUAGCUUAAAUGAUAAAGCCUCGUGCUUUUGUGGUUUUUGAGUUUCACCAUACUCACCAUAUUGAAUUUCAGAGCAAAGACAAUGCUUGUUCAUUAGCUUUUAAUAAUGGGUUUGAAUCCUAUUCAGAUCCACUAAGCUAGACCUAAUAAGGAUAAAUAUUUAUCUUGCAUAUUGGUACAAUAUUGUUUUUUUUUGCUUUUCACCAGAAAAUCAAAUAGGUUUCCCCAGUCUUUAAGACAUCUAGAAAUGUGAAUAAUGUGAAAAAUAGAGUAUUCAGAAAAAUAUGUCUACAAUGGAUUUUCCUCUCUUGGUCCAUGAGCUGGCUGUCCAAUAUCUUUUAUGUCUGCUGUCAUUUCAUAGUAUUUUCUACCUUCACUACCAAUUUUCUUUGUCAUAUAACUCCAUCUUAUUGUCAUUUAAUUAUUAAAAAUAUGAUUAUCUUAUCUUUUCCUUCCCCAGUACAUCAAGAACUACAUUAAUGCAUGUUUUUAUUAGGAAAGACUUGGCUAUUUUCAUCAAGCCAAGCAACCAUAUAGAGGCUGAUUUAUUGUGUUGUUGUUGUGCUCUGGAGCUUAUGUUGGGAAAUGGCUCCUCAUUUUGCAAUGAGAUAAAACAGGGCUUGUUCAACUCCAUACUACGAUUUUUGCCUAGCACUAUAAACUAAUAAGCACUUUUCAAUCAAAACAGUAAUCCUGUUAUCUCCUGUUGUAAAUUAUGUCACUUCAUAAUAUCUAUUUGUCAGUGGGUGAACUGUAUCAUCAUGAUAUAAGUAUCUUUGCCUGCUGAUAGUGUAGCACUAGAGACAGAAUCUGAAACCCACAAUCCUACAGCUUUGUCAGCUGCCAACACUUGAAUAAAAAAAAAACAUAUAUGGUGUGUAAAUCACUAUGUCACACAUUGAAGAAAACUUUAUAGAACAAUUAAGCUAGAGCCUAUCAUUAAUUAAUAAGCUAUUCAUUGUAAAUGAUCUAUUUCUUUUAGGACAGUUGAAUUACAGAAUCAGAAGGGUGCCAGGUUUAAACUUCUGACAUUUAUUUACAUCCCUUUGUAUUCCAAGUUUAAAUCCUGUUGGGAUUGGCUUUGCUUUUUCUAAAUAUGCAAAAGUUGUCCUGGCAUAAAUUUGAUCCAUUUUCUGACUGUGACCCACUAUGAGGGUUUCUAUUGCAUUAAUAGAGAGAUAAAUGUUUAAUUAGGACCCUAGCCUAUCAUAUUUUUUCUCACAAGUCAGAUUGAAACUAAAACUGCUGGCCAAUGAAUUGGUAGUCAGAAUAUGAUUUGUUUGUUUUACAUCCGUUUCUUCAUGCCUGCAUAGGUUGCUUGAAUAUGUUAAGGUAUUGUCUUUCAGCCAGAUACUCUUCUUGAUCUUAACCUUUGUUUUUCAAGUAAGGGAUCUUUUUUUUUGACAUGGUUUUGAAAGCACAAAGUGACUGGACAAUUUGUUGACAGGUUUGACAAUACUGCCCGUCAUACUUUUGUAUAAACAACUGCAGAUGUUAACAAAGAGGACAGCACACAGACAUAUAUUUAUUUACAACAAUCUUUCAGUUUCUCUCUACCAAAUUCACUCACAAGGUUUUGGUUGUCUAUUAGAAGAAAGUUCAAGGUGCUAUGCAAUGGGACUGAAACCAAAAGCACAUGGUUGGCAUGUGAACUUCAGUAUUUUUGACCCUCUUUAUACCUGAGUUUAAAUCCUGGCAAAGUUGGCCUUGCCUCUCAUCCUUCCAGGUCAAAAUAAGUCCUAGUGAAGUACUGGGGGCUGAUUUAACCAAUAUCCUUCCCCCAAAGUAUGUGGCAUUGUCCCUAAGUUUAAAAUUAAUCUACAAAGCUGCUGCUUACAUCAUAUGCACCAUAUUGUAACAUUUACUUUCAGCUUAGAAGACUCAUUACUGAAAGCUGAGUUAUACAAUAUUGGUGACAGGAUAUGAAACUACUGGCCCUUACUAGAUUUUUAAAUGUUUAUGUAGUGUAUUUUGUAUGGGCAAUGAAAUAGACUAGUGAACCAAAUGCAUGUUGCAUCUUACUCUUGUGUACAGGAGUUUGAAUUGUGUAUAUUAAUACUUUUGUUUGAGCACUGUAAUAUGUAAGCCAUGAACACAAUCUAUCAAAUGCUUGGGAAUAUUUCAUACAUCCAACAAGCUUUAUAGCUCUACCCAUCUGGUCUUCACUGUUAGGAAGCAUGCUGCUUUAAAAUAAAUGGUUCUCAAUUUAAAAUUAGUAGGGAAUUUGUUAUGGGAGAUUUGGCUGCUGCUACAUUGGGUAGAUGUAACAACUUCCCACUGUUGGUUGCUUCUUUGCUGACUGCUCAAUGAGGUACUUUUCUUUUAUGUCUAACUGCAAUGACAAUCAGAUGUUUUUUUUAUAGUAAAUAUAACACUAUCCAAUUUCUCUCUGUAGCAGAGUAAACAGAUAAAAAAAAAGAAUAGAUAAAUGAAGUUUAAAAGCUUUAAUUAGUCAUCUUUAACAACCCAUGUAAUUCUUUUUCUUUACAUCAAACAGAUCUGCAUCAUUUAAAAAGUUCAUCAUUCUUAGACAUUCAUAAAACACACUCACUCUGCUUCUUAAAAGAUGUCAAUGGAGCCCUAAUUUCCUUUUUUUUUUUUUUUAUCUUUCUGCUGUUUUAUUUUUCUAAUUAACCUGUAGAACUUUCAGGAAUUGUCAGUAGGACAGCAUGAAAAACUCUAACAUCUGAUAUUUCAAGUAAUAUUUUAUGUUGAAGUCCCUCAUAUUUGAGAUGAGAAUGGCUUGCAUAUAACCAAAAUCUUUUUUCAUUUUAAAAGACAGGAAUUUAUUUAUUUAAUUUUUACUAAUAAAGCUCAGAUUUUUGCCUCAUGAGUUUUGGACAAUUAUUUAAAUUACAUGGAAUUGAAAAUUCUAAAUUGUGAAAUGAAUUUUUUACUCCCAAAUACAUUUUCAGAAUUUUGUCCAGAGCCCAGUUUUAUAUUUCUGUACAUUUACAAAAAGAAAUUGUAUAUAAAUUCCAGCAUAUAUUACUCAAUAUCUUUCUAGUCACACAAAUUUAAUCAAAAUUCAAGUCUGAUGCACCAUCAAUUCACAUUAAAAACUAGAUUUUUCUUUUCUUCUUUUUUUCCCCCCUCUUUUUUUUUUUUGAUUGGAAGGGUGUAAAAUUGACACAAGUAAUUUUACAAAUUGUGCAAAGCCUGAGCAAUUGUCUGUACAUGAUUUAAGACAUGCUUUCUUUUAAUUAUUAUUGAUGAUAAUAAUAAAAGAAUCCAUAAACUAUUGUAUACAGUUUACCGAUCCUUUGUUUUCCCAGUUAACAUAAAAUCUUAAACAAGACAACCUCCAAUCUGAUUGCAGCUGUAAUUGUAUGGCUUUACACUCUGAAAUCCUUGUGGACAAAAUUUCAAAUAUUUUUUUAAGAAAAUAAAUUAAAAAUCUUA